GAGGAGGGAGAGAGGGUGCGGCAGGUCGGGACUGUUCCCGCGCACGAUCUUCACAGCAGAGCCUGGGUCCCUGAGGUCCCUAGAACUUCUAAGGAAGGCCUGGCAGAAGUGAGGCUCGCGGAAAGCAGCCAUCUGCGGGAGGGGGCGUGAGCAGGGCGGGGCCCGAAUGCCUUCCACCAGCCGCGCCCCAGGCGGGCACAGUCGCCGGCCGCACGCACGGGAUCAUGGCUGCAGCCACACUCGGACAGGUCUGGGCCCGAAAGCUUCUGCCUGUCCCCUGGCUUCUGUGUGGGUCCAGAAGAUGUGGGUCCUCCAACUUCAAGGCUGUAGACCUCCAGAUUCAGAUGACCAAAGAGCCACAGAAGAAGCCAGCCCCUAGCCAGCCGCUGCUGUUUGGGAAAACCUUCACAGACCACAUGCUGAUGGUGGAGUGGAAUAGCAAGGCAGGCUGGGGCCCUCCAAAGAUCCAGCCCUUCCAGAGCCUCACACUGCACCCAGCCUGCUCCGGUCUACACUACUCACUGCAGCUCUUUGAGGGCUUGAAAGCAUACAAAGGCAGAGACCAGCAGAUACGCCUCUUCCGGCCCUGGCUCAACAUGGACAGGAUGCUACGUUCUGCAAGGCGCCUCUGCCUGCCAGACUUUGACAAGCAGGAGCUGUUGGAGUGUAUCCGCCAGCUCAUUGAAGUAGACAAAGACUGGGUUCCCGAUGGCAAUGGAACGAGCCUCUACGUGCGGCCCGUGUUGAUCGGGAAUGAGCCCUCGCUGGGUGUCGGCACGGUCACACAAGCCCUCCUGUACGUCAUUCUGUGCCCUGUGGGCUCCUACUUCCCUGGAGACUCCAUGACACCUGUCUCCCUUCUGGCCGACCCGUCAUUCGUCAGAGCCUGGAUAGGCGGAGUCGGUGACUGCAAGUUAGGGGGGAACUAUGGACCCACUGUGGCUGUGCAGCGAGAAGCCCAGAAGAGAGGCUGCGAGCAGGUCCUCUGGCUGUACGGGCCGGACCACCAGCUCACCGAGGUGGGCACCAUGAACAUCUUUGUCUACUGGACCCAUGAAGAUGGAGUACUGGAGCUGGUAACCCCCCCACUGAACGGCGUCAUCUUGCCAGGAGUGGUUCGACAAAGCCUGCUGGAUCUGGCCAGGACUUGGGGUGAGUUCCGGGUGGCAGAACGCAAGGUCACUAUGAAGGAAUUGAAGCGUGCGCUGGAGGAAGGCCGAGUGCGAGAAUUCUUCGGCUCAGGCACUGCUUGCCAGGUCUGCCCGGUGCACCAAAUCCUGUAUGAGGGCAAGCAACUCCACAUUCCUACCAUGGAGAACGGCCCGGAGCUCAUCCUGCGCUUCCAGAAGGAGUUGAAGGCUAUUCAGUACGGAGCCAGUGCCCACGAUUGGAUGCUUCAGGUGUGACGGUGGGGGCUGUGCCCUCCCUGGUUGGAUCUGCAUCUGCAGACGUGCGGCAUCCAGUCCAGCGUCCUCGCUUCCCAGAGACUCAAGAGAAGUGCAAUAGGGAAAGGUCUGUCCAGAUGCUGGAUCUCUGGCACCCCCUCGUGGACAUUACACUCCAAAGCCUUAAGGGCGGGACCCAUGCAGUUUGGACGCCACCUCAAAUUUUGGGUCUCAGGACUCAGCUGCUCCGCGUCCUGGUGUUCAAGGGAGAACCUGGGCUUCUUCUAUAUCUCCGUUCUCAGGCCGGAUCCCCGGUGCUCUUCCUGUCUUUUUUUUUUUUUUUUUCUUUCUCUGUACUUGCUGCAAUUUUGAAAUAAAAUGCCAAAGAACAA